AACUGUUAUAAUAAUAUUGACUAUUGAGCUCGUAACCUACGCUUCUCUCUCUGGAAUCACGACAGGCGGGAUUCGUAGAGAAAGAUCUGAUGCGCUCGAUCGUGGAUCUCAAUUAUACACACGAUCAUGAUGGCCCUUGAACACAAAGAAACUAUGCAAAGAAACUGUGAGGCAUCCUUGAAAUGCCUCCAGAUCCAGGGAUUCCCUUACAACCUGCAAUGUAAUGGGAAUUCAGUCAAAGUCUUUCCAGAGGUUAAAGAUGGAUUCAGUGUACAUCCUGUUGGGGAUGUUGUAGAACCAGCUCGAUCGUUGAGUGGUGAGCUUCUUGAAUAUUCAGGUGGAUUUCAUAGCAAACCUGCCUACCAACAUGAUUUGGGCUCAUGGUCAACCUUCUAUCCUGAUUCUCAGAAAGUACAGCAGUGCCAAAUGAAUGCUUUUGAGGGCCAGUUUUAUCCUUUUGCUAUGGAUACUCGGUUUCCAUAUGCACCCUUCAAUAUGUUUCCUCAAGUUCACCCUUAUGAUUAUCAGUUCCAGGAUUUUCAGUAUUUUGUGGUCAUAGACUUUGAGGCUACCUGUGAUAAGGAAAAGAAUCCGCAUCCACAAGAGAUAAUUGAGUUUCCAUCUGUAAUUGUGAACAGUGUGACUGGCCAAUUAGAAGCUUGUUUUCAGACAUAUGUACGGCCAACUUACAAUCAACAUCUGAGUGAUUUCUGCAGGGAUCUGACUGGAAUCCAGCAAAUUCAGGUGGACAGAGGAGUUAGUCUUAGUGAGGCCCUUCUGAGGCAUGACAAAUGGCUUGAGAAAAAGGGGAUAAAGAACACCAACUUUGCUGUGGUGACAUGGUCGAACUGGGAUUGUCGGGUGAUGUUGGAAUCAGAGUGUCGAUUCAAGAAGAUUUGCAAGCCUCCUUACUUUAAUCGAUGGAUCAACUUAAAGGUUCCUUUCCAUGAGGUUUUUGGUGGUGUGAGGUGCAAUUUGAAGGAGGCAGUUGAGAUGGCCGGCCUCGUGUGGCAGGGCCGUGCUCAUUGUGGCCUGGAUGAUGCCAAAAACACCGCUCGCCUUCUUGCCUUACUAAUGCACAAGGGUUUCAAAUUCGCCAUUACAAACUCACUGAUGUGGCAGACCGCUGACGGUUCAUGGAAGCAGGCAGCUGAGCAGCAGUCCUUUCAACCACAUCAGCUCGACAAACAAAAAAAGGAUCUGCACUUGCCCAUAUUCCAAAAUCAUCCUUUCUGUUUCUGUGGGGCGAAGAGCAGGUCAGCGAUGGUUCGAAAGCCUGGGCCUAAGCAAGGCUGCAUUUUCUUUGGGUGCGGGAACUGGACGGCCAACAGAGGUGCUCGCUGCCAGUACUUUGAAUGGGCAUCUCCCUGACUGGAAGCUAUGGAGGACAUUCACGUCCUCCAAACUCGGCAUCUAGACAUUAUCUGGAUGCAUAAUGUAAAAAAAAAACCGGACAAAGGAGAGACUAAAAAAACGGUUGUAGGGUUGCCCUCCUAGUGGAAAGCUUGUGUUUUAACUUGACUGGGAUGCUCAACAGUGUCUGCUGAAGGUCUUUUAUGGUCUUCCAAGGGAAGGGAAUUCCGACCUCUAAAGCGGACUUAUUGUUGACAUGGGAAGAGACUAAGAAAGAGAGGGAAGAGUGGUUAGGUUGGUGCAUACAUGCUUGGACAUGUUAAAUUAUCAUAAAUAAUUUGGGAGGAGGGGACAAACAAACUGGUUUUCUAUGCAUUUUUUCUGGGAGUAUGGUGUUUUGUUUUUU